UUGUCCCCAACCGUUCUCGACUCUUUUCGUGGAGACCUUCUCUCAACACUACCAUUCACAAGAAGUGCAAAUGCUUUCAAUAGCAUUGAUGAGUAUAUCCAAAUUCAUAGGGGAGAGGACCUCGUUUUGAAAAUCGCUCCUGACGUGGCCCAUCCUGUUAUCUCGGUGGUAUUUCCGUCAGCAGUGCAGGAUCCAUGCGUUUUCCACUGUUUUCUGGCGGCAGCUCAGAGCCUCUAUGAGUUCCGUCGGUCUCCGUGGCCCCCUGAACGGUCCAGCGUCAUGAGCCAUCUCCAAGGGAAGGCGUUCUCUGCCUUGCAGCAACGCCUUUCAGCACCAUCCGCACACCUGGAUGAUGGCGUUCUAUACUCUAUAAUACACCUCAUGAUUGCUGCUGGCGGUCAGUAUGAUUCAGCCGCGGUCAAAUCACAUUUGAUCGGGAUUAGGCAAAUCAUUGUAUUGCGUGGUGGACUUGGGAAUACUCCCGCCCAUCAAACCAUUCGUGGUAUUCUCACCGUGAUUGAAUAUUUCAACGCCUUGGAUCAAUAUCUCGAUGGCUCUCCCGACGAUCUCGAGGCGAUUCCGAGUAGUCAGUUGGACUACGCGCGCCAUCCAUUCUCGCCGCGUCUCUGUAAGUUGAUUGCAACACUACCUGAUGGCUUCGCCGAGGUGGCACUAUCCGGCCGGAUAAGCGUCCAGUGUAUCCAGCUAUUAUCCUCGGUCGCCUCGUGGCAAUCGCUCAUCAACGAGUCGCCCACUACUUCAUCGGGCUCGUCGGACCAGACGAGAGACAGACUGUGCCGGCUUUUCUGCGACCCUCGAGAAUGUGCUCGAAACGCCGUCCUCAUAUUACUCUACAUGAAGCGUUCAGGCAAGCCUCUUGGCCUUGAAUAUAUCAUUUGCAUCGGCCUAGCCAUUUGUGUUCGUCAUCUCAGUCAGGAAAAUCGCACGUCACUUUUUGAUAACAAGCUUCUUGACUCGAUGAUGAAGAAUAUUAAAGCCAUAAAAUCGCCACAGCCUUCCGAUUCCGAGGCCAUAUUAUGGCUUUCGCUCAUUGUGAACUGGAGAACUCAGUCCAUCCAUCCUGUCAAGAAGGCAGAUGAUGUUCUUGAUUUGGUGAUUACUAAGUUUCCAGGAUUGCAGACUUGGAAGAAGGUAUCUACCGUGUGCCAAAAAUUCUGGUGGUUCGACUGUUUGAAGGAUGACUUGGAGAAGUGCUGGAGAAAGAGUUUCGAAAGA